GCGUUUUCAUUAGAGUAAUGUCCAAAGAAGCUCCGGAAUUAUGUAACGGUGACGUGCUGUCAUCCUCUUUGCCGGCCCACUGCCUGGCAGGAACGUGGCCGUUUGUUUUCCUUUUAUCCUCACUCGCUGAGGGAAGCCAAAAGGACAUCUGUCGGAGUCGGCUGUUGGGAGCAGGACUCGUAGUAGCUCCGCCACGGGGACCUCGCUGCUCUGGGUGCUAAAGCUGUGGCAUCAUUGUCAUGGAGAGGACAAGUCUGUAGUCUUUCUGAAGAAAAGGAGCAAAAGUGGAGAAGAUGAGUGAUGGAGGAAGUGUAGCUGCAGUCAGAGCUAUGUGUUGUGUGUGAGGCUGUCACCGCGUAAAGAAUUCGAAGAUGAAGUUUAAGAAGUUCAUCACAAUCAUGCAGGCAGCCAUAGGGAUUGUUCCCCUGAACAAACGGGAGCUUCUGCCGCCUGGCAGGAAACUGUGGAGACCCCUGGGGGACCAGCCUAGCUCGGACCAGACCAGCACUGACCUUCUCAAGUCCAACCGCAAGUUCCGCUGGUCGAGAGAAGCCCAGUACUUGUAUCUCCGCCGCCUCUCCUCACGCAGCUACUCGGCCAUUACGAUGAACCCGGUCAUGGAGGAGACCGUAUGGGAGCAGUACACCGUGACCCUGCAGAGGGAUCCAAAGAUGGGCUUCGGCAUCGCAGUGUCAGGGGGGCGAGACAACCCGAACGAGGAAAGUGGCGAGACAUCCAUUGUAGUGUCCGACGUCCUGCAAGGAGGACCUGCUGACGGCUUGUUGUUUGAGAAUGACCGAGUGGUGCAGGUGAACGCCAUCCCCAUGGACGGGGCCAUCCACUCCUUCGCUGUCCAGACCCUCAGGAAGUGUGGCAAAGUAGCAAAGAUUACAGUCAAGAGGCCCAGGAAGGUUCCAGUCAAUCUGCUGAACCGCCCCCCGUCACCUGAUGACCGAGUAUUCAACAACGACUACAAUGACGAUUACAACUACGAGCAGGACCGCCGCAGUAUGUACAGCAGCCGGAGUGGAGGUGGGCGGGACCACAGCCUUGAGAAGGAGCGAGGCGGGGGAGGCUACAUGGAUUCUGGCUACCAAACGCGUGAGCGUGACUACGACAGGGACUAUGACCGGCGGGAACGUGGUAGAAGCACAGAGAGAGACCUGAGCCCGGACCGGCAGUACAAGAGAGAUGGCAGCAGAGGUCGCACUUUGGACCGAGAGCGCAGCCCGGAUCGCCUCUACCAUGGAAACCACUUGCCCGUGCGCGACUACAGCCCGGACAGAAGGUACCGCAGUGAGAAUGCAUUAGAUAGAGACCACAGUCCUGACCCGCGCUACCGCAGCGAGCGAAUGUUGGACCGCGGCAACAGCCCAGACCAGCGCUACACACGUGAAAGCCCUGCACGAGGCCGCGGCCACAGCUUUGAACGAGGACGGGAACACAUCUCCAGUGACCUGAGGAAGUACGAGGAGCCGCUGAAGCGGAGUGGGAGCAGAGACCGUCUGGAGCGCUCCCCGUCACCGGUCGCUGUGCCCAUCCCUCUGCCCCGCCCCGCCCGGGACCUGGAGCCACUGGAGAAACCAAUGAAUGUGCUGCUGCUGAAAAACCGGCCCAACGAAGAGUAUGGCCUUCGUCUCGGCAGUCAGCUCUUCAUCAAAGAGAUGACCAGCACAGGACUUGCCAGCAGAGAUGGGAACCUGCUGGAAGGGGACAUUAUUUUAAAGAUUAAUGGUACGGUGACAGAAAACCUGUCACUCAGCGACGCAGGGAAGCUGAUCGAGAAGUCCCGUGGGAAGCUGCAGCUGGUGGUGCAGAGAGACAAACGGCAGGUGUUGAUCCGAGUCCCCCCAAUGGCGGACAGCGACUCGGAAAUUGAUGAUAUCUCCGAGAUUGAGUCGUACCGCUCCUACUCUCCACAGGAUGACAGGCGGGGCCACCACUCCGACCUCUCCUCCCACUCCUCCAAUGAGAGGCUGAGAGAAAAGCCCAGAGAGGACCCACCCAACAGACUGGCAAAAAUGGGCGCCAUGCCAACACCAUUUAGAAUUCCAGACAAGGCUGUAGAAGACACGCCACCUUUGUCAACAGAAAGGGAGGAGCCUCGACCAGAAACGCCCCCAGUACUAGCAGCUGCUCUAGUCCCAAGGUUUCAUGCUCCUCCAAAGGUUCCCCUAAAACCAAGCAUAGAGGACCAGAACAUAUAUGGGCCAAACACAGUGAUGGUGCGUUUCCAGAAAGGUGACAGUGUGGGUAUGAGACUGGCAGGGGGAAAUGAUGUUGGCAUCUUCAUUGCUGGUGUUCAGGAGGACAGCGCAGCUGAGCAGGAGGGUCUCCGCACAGGAGAUCAGAUCAUGAAGGUGAACAACAUGGACUUCAGAGGCAUGGUGCGUGAGGAUGCUGUCCUCUACCUCCUGGAGAUUCCCAAAGGAGAAGAUGUAACCAUUCUUGCUCAAAGCAAACCUGAAGUAUAUGAUGACAUUCUAGCAUCUGGCAGAGGUGACUCUUUCUUCAUCAGGACCCACUUUGAGUAUGAGAAGGAGACCCCUCAGAGCCUUCCUUUCACCAGAGGAGAGAUCUUCAAAGUGACGGACACACUUUAUGAUGGCAAACUGGGCAACUGGCUCGCGAUCCGCUCUGACAAAGACAACCAGCUGCGGGAGAAAGGAAUCAUCCCCAACAAGAGCAGAGCUGAACAAAUGUCCAACGUCCAGAAUGCUGCUCGGGUAGCAUCAGGCAAUGACAGAGGAGACUUCUGGAGGCUGAGAGGUCAAAGGGCGGCGAAGAAGAAAGACUUACGCAAGAGUCGAGAGGACCUGAGCGCAGCUCCAGUCACCACAAAAUUCCCUGCAUACGAGAGAGUGGUCUUGCGUGAAGCUGGUUUCAAGAGACCAGUGGUGAUAUUUGGACCCAUUUCCGAUGCUGUGAAUGAAAAAUUAAGCAAUGACAUGCCGGACGAGUUUGUAGUUGCCAAAACUGAGCCCAAGGAUGCAGGAAGUGAGAAAUCCUCUGGAGUGGUGAGACUAAACACCAUCAGACAAAUCAUUGAACAGGACCGUCAUGCUCUGCUUGAUGUGACUCCCAAAGCUGUGGACACUCUGAACUACACCCAGUGGUAUCCCAUCGUCAUCUUCCUAAACCCAGACAGCAAACAAGGCGUCAAGACCAUGAGGAAUCGCCUCGUACCCGGAUCUACCCGCAGCGCACGCAAGCUGUAUGAGCAGUCCGUCAAGCUGAGGAAGACCUGCUCACACCUCUUCACUGCAACUGUCAACCUGAACUCAGCCAAUGACGCAUGGUACGGCAGCGUGAAAGAUUCAAUUCAGGAGCAGCAGGACAGAGCAGUGUGGGUGUGUGAGGGCAAGUUGGACGGUUCAGACGAGGACCUGGAUCUCCAUGACGACCGCAUGUCCUACUUGUCAGCAAUGAGCGCAGACUACCUGAGCAUGGACAGCCGCCUAACCAGCGACUACGAGGACACAGCGGAUGAGGGCGGGGCUUACACGGACAACGAGCUGGACGAGACAUUGGACGAGCCCCAGCCGAUGUCGGCCAUCAGUCGAUCAUCAGAGCCUGUACUGCCAGAGGAGAAGCCUCAUCCCGAACCCCGAGCUCGUAUGAGGAGGGCAGGGAGCAGAGAGAUGCUGAACAGAGAGCCCAGCCCUCCUCCCCCUUUUACUCCCGAACCCCCCAAGGUGCGGGUUCAGAAUCGGACUGAGUCCUCACGCAGCUUUGACUCCCACUCCAGCAGCACCAUCAGCAGCGAUGCAGCCGGUGUACACAAGCCGCUUCCCCCUCCUGUGGCCUUGAAGCCCACCAUCCCCCGUACAAACCAGCCGCCAGUGGCGAAGGAGCCGGGGGAGGAGGAUCCCGCCAACAAAUCCUUCCUCGGCAAGAAAAUGGGUGACCAGAUCAAAGCGUUUGAGAAGAUGGACCACCUGGCCCGGGCUCAGAGGAUGCUGGAGCUGCAAGAAGCAGAAAACGCUCGAUUGGAAAUCGCCCAGAAGCAUCCAGACAUCUACGCCAUCCCAGUGAAACUGCCAAAACCCAACCUCAACCGGCCUCAGCCAAUAGGAUCGAGCUCCAACCCCGAGCAGCAGCAGCCUCCCUUCAGACCGUACUCGGAGUCCAGAGGAUACGAGGACGAUGAGGCGGAUUACCGCAGGCAGCUGGCCGACCAGACCAAGAAAGGAUACUACAAUCCUCAGAAAUACAAAGACACUGAGCUGUAGGCUGAGAAACCAGGAAGUGGCAUCAUCAGCUCAUCUGGACUUCUCCCUACAUUGCUACAAGCAGACAGCGUUGUUGCCGUGGUGACCGCUCAUUCAGCACUACGUUGAUGUAAACUCUCAGAACUUUUGUUUGUUGUCAAAUUCCUGGAAAGAGGUUUAUUUUCAACACUAAUUUCUGACACUUUCAAUACACACACAAUAUUCUUACAAAGAGUUGUACUUUGGCAAACGAAAAAUUAACUGAUGAAACUGACGUAUCUGUUAUUUCGCUGUGUGUAUAUAUAUUCUUUUUUAUGACAGACAACAGAACUAGACAGCAACUAACCAAUCAAGGCAGCAGUAGAACAGGAACUCCCUCGUUAUCUAUCAGAGAAGUCUGGUGGCUUUGAAGAGACCAUAGAUAACUGCUUCAGUUAGAGGGGCCAUCUGACGGCAAGGUAAAGCAGGAAAGAUAUUCAGAUUAUUUCUUAGUUGCACGCUUUCUUUCUCAGAGGCAAAGCGAUAGUUAUUUUGAAGGAAGGAAGGAAUUUGAAUCAUAGGUGUUAUCUAUCGGUAUUAUAUUACGGCCAUGAACCAAUCAGAUUGCUUGUUUUAAACCACCCGUUUUAUAUUUACAAAUAUAAAUCUCCUUGUACAUUAUGAGGAAGGACACAUGGCCAGCUACCAUCUAUGUAAUGAUCAGGGAAGCCUUUGAGGAUUCUGGAAAUGACUAGAACAUCAGCAGGUCACCUUUUGGGUUUGUCAAAGAUAUAAGAAAUAUAUAUAAAGGAAAACUCUUACCUCUGUUACUGGACUGUAAUAGCAAGAGUGCUGCAAGCAAAGCAUAAAUAUAGUACUGUAGACUGUGUACGGUAUCUACCUUUUACUUCCUGUUGAGCACAUAUGUUUGUAUGCCUUCACCCUGUACUAGCAUGUUUCUGGCACACGCAAGAACAGCGUGUCAGUUUGGUUUGUACACGUCAGCAGCCGCUUGACGUCAAAUAGGUGUUGGUCUUCCUCUUCUUGUUACUGUCCUGCCAAGUCAAAAAAUUAUUGUACUGCUCUACAUCCCUGACCUGACAUUUCUACGUAUCUAUACACGCACACACACCCACUACACCACAUUAUGUAAUAUAUGUGCAUUCUUUUCAAGUGCCUUGUAGCUCUGAUGUUAGCUUGGGGUGGGAAAAAAAUAAACUGCACAAUGUUCUUAAAUUGACAAAAUAAACUCCAACUUCUACUUCUGAGUUAAAAAACAUUUGGAAGUCAUAAUGACAAGAUAACAUGUCUUUGUAAAUUUGGGAAGUUGUGCAGGAGCAUGUAAAGCAUUUCUGUAUAUUAAUCAGCUGGAAGACACGGCAGAUAAUGAUGUCACAGCCUUCACUGUUAGAAUAUAAUCAUGUAUGGAAUAUUCAGAUGAUGGUGUGAAGAAUCACGAAGAGGUUCAGCACAGCUGGGGCCGAUGUGUGUUAUUGUCUUCAUGAGCUGCUUGCCACCAUAGACAAUAACAUUGUUGUGGCAUAUAUGUUUUUAUAUUAAUUAUGAUAAACUCAGUCAAGUCUUUGUACAC